ACCUGGUGGUGGCGCCGUGUUUGGCGCGAGGGUAGGGCCGCGCCGGAAAUGCCUAGAAGGGGAGGGUGAAGGCCCGUAAGGCUUUUGAGGCCGAAGGUAUUGAUCACGCCGUAAUGAGGAGCCGGCGGGGGUCCGCUGUGCGGGCCCUGCAGAGGGCACGGCCAGCCCACCCCAGGACGGCGGGGUCACAGACCAAGUCUUCCGACGUGCGGGGUACGGCCUCUUCCUUGCAGCCCCCCCGGCCCUCAGCUACCUUUUCUCCAGUCUGAGGAAGCUUCUGAGCCGCACGCGCUGUCCUGGUGUGAAACGGUUAAAUAUUUCGGAAUUUGCAUCUCUGCACGUUUUAAAAGCCAUACAGCUUACUAAAGUUUUUUGGCUUUGUUGCAAAAGAAACAAAGUCCAAGUUUAAUUUUUCUCCGGUGAACAAGCUUACAGAUUAAGAUUUAUGUCAUUCCAAGAAGUAAACAAACAUGCAGUUCUCCCUCCUAUCAUUAGUAGAAGUGACAAGGAGUUUUUGGAAAGCAUGCAAAGAUACAUAACUACAGAAACCGAAAGAGUGGGCUGCAAUGAGGAAGGACCUGCUGAUGAGUAUUACACUAUAUACCGAAAUGUUUUCGAUAAGGUAAUAGACUAUGUCAGUGCAUACAAAUCCAUUCUUACUUCAAUCAAAAAAGAAUAUGAUGCCUUUAUUGAGACAAUAAAGAAAGGCCGAAGAACUGCUUAUUAUCUUCAUGGAAAACUUAAAGUUUUGGCAGCAGAGCCCACAGCAUUGGUAUACCACCAGAGAAGAGCCUUUCAACUUGAAGCAAAAGUGAGAAUUAUUGAAAAAAAUUCCACAGUUAUUCAGUUGCAAAUAGAUGAGAUGAAGCAGCUGAGAGCCAAGUAUGACAGGAAAGAAGUGAAGCUCUGCUCUUCUACCAGGCAGCUCUGGAGACCAAUCCCAGGGAUGACUCUUCAAGAAUCUGUCAAUCUGGAUGCUCUCAAUAAAUAUAAGCGGCAUCUUGAAGAUAAAUAUGUAAAACGUAAGCAAGCUAUGUCAACAGAGUACGUACCAGCACAAAAGAAGGCUGACCUGGAUGAAGAAAUGGUUGUGUUACUAAACCGCCGAGAUAUAGCUGAGAGUCUGAACAAAGACCUGCAGUUUCGCCAUCAAAGACUGCAGGUUAUUUCACACACGCUUACUAUAUGGAUGAAGGAUAACUUGAGAAUCCCAUUUGAAGACAUCAUGGAGAAAAUUCAGAAAACCAGUGCAAUCUUCGGUGAUGAAAUCAUUGUUGAUGAACUAUUUGAAGAUGACCCAAGCAAGACAAAAGAAGCUAUAAUUAUGCUUUACUACAUUGAAAGGUUACAGACCAUCGUUGUAGGGAGGUCAAGGGGCUCGGGACCUGACGCAGCUGGAGUAUUACAUCCACAGCCAAGAGCAGCCAGCAGUGAGCUAAUGCAUGCUCUGUUCAAUGAAUUAAUCUCUCUUGGUGAAUAUGAGAAGGCAGCUUGUUUUGCAGCAAACAGUCCAAGAAGAAUUCUUCAAAAUAUUGGUACAAUGAAUAAAUUUAAGGCUAUUGGAAAAAUUAGAGGAAAGCCUCUCCCAUUACUCUUGUUUUUUGAGGCUAUAUUUAGUACGAGUCACGCUUUCAAACGUCCUCUUAAUGCUGACCUAACCCUGGAGGGAAUCAAAUGUGGACUGUCUGAAAAACGGCUUGAUUUAGUUACCCACUGGGUCACCCAGGAAAAGCUGACCUUUUCUGAGAAGGCUGGGGAUAUUAUUUUUGCUUAUGGGGAGCAGAACACAUACCAGAAGCCGAGCUGUUUGGCUUUAGCUCAGCUCAUCUACAAUGAAUGUGGUCUACACAAGAAAGCUCUUCUUUGCCUGUGUAAACAGGGUCGGAUUCAUGAGGCCAUGGAACACAUACAACAGUUCAAGGACUUUACUUCUGAUGACCUGAUACGACUAAUAACAGUGUGUCCCCAAACUGAGUUAAUUAUAUGUCUUACUCAAGAAAGGAAUGGAAAACCACCACUUUUAUCUUUUGGGCUUGCUGUCCUUCAUCUGUUUGCUGUGGACAUGAAAAAAGUUGGCAUCAAGUUACUCCAGGAAAUCAGUAAAGGUGGGAAAGAUGUAGUAGAGCAGCUUGUGAUGAGUGAUUCAUUUUGCUCCUUGGAAAAGUGGCAAGAAAUAGCAGAUAUCUGUUUACAGAAUGGCUUUGAAAAUUUGUUUAAUGACAUCAUGUUCAUUCUUCGAUCCCAAGCAGGAGUUUCAGAAAUUUCUGAAGAUGAUGCUAUCAACUUAAUGGAGCAUGUUUUUUGGUAGUUCUAUAUUUUAGCCAGCUGAGGGCGCUUGUACAACAUUUUUAGGCAUUGGCUGGGCAAACUGGUUUUAGCAUAGUUAACGAAAAUAAACGUUGAGUCUGACACUCUCAGCAGUAA